AUGAGGGUUACUUCUCUGCCGUCUUGCUUUUUCAUAUAUCAGCAGUACCCCAAAUACCGGCCGUGGAACCCUGCAUUCUUGCAUACAGUGAUUUACGUCAGCGAAUCGCCUCCUGACAUUCGUGCAAGACGCAAGAUACGAUUAGUACGCGUUGCUAAGGCUGCUCUCGUAAUUCGAGGCGGCCGUCCUGAGCCCUAUAAGCUCGAGCAGCUCCUCCUACGCUCACCAUUUAGGGCGUCUCUAAUUAGCCUCGCUGGCCUGGCGGCCGCUUUCAGCGGCGCGGCCCCGUCUGUCUACGCGUUCAGAGCUGAGAUGCCGCCAAGGCAGCAGAAAGGUGGCACCAUUACGAGCUGUGACGGCCCGAUCGGAGGGCCAGGCGGCGUUAUUGGCUCGCGUCACGUUGCAGGCUGUCUGCCGCCGGAACAGCCUCGCUGCACGCUUUCGUCACUGGUACACGCGGCCAUCGGGAAAGAGAUACGGUGGCAUUUACACCACGGCACGUCACAUUGCAGGUCUAAGGGGUGCCAGCAGCCGUCUCCAGUGGAGAGCGAGGUGGUGUUGCAGCCAGACGAGCCCAUGCCGGAGUUCCUGGCGCCGCUGGAGAACCUCACGGCCACGCAGGGCCGUGACGUCACCUUCACGUGCGUCGUCAACCACUUGGGCAAGUACAAGGUGGCGUGGAUCAAGUCCGACUCCAAGGCGAUCCUCGCGAUCCACACGCACCUCGUGGCCCACAACCCGCGCCUCACCGUCACCCACAACGGGCACAACACGUGGAAGCUGCACAUCAAUUCCGUGCACCAGGACGACUCCGGCAUCUACAUGUGCCAGGUCAACACGGAGCCCAUGCGUAGCCAGAUGGGCCACCUGGACGUGGUGGUGCCUCCCGACAUCCUGAGCAACGGCUCGACGGACAGCGCGACGGCGCCGGAGGGCGGCACUGUGCGGCUGCGCUGCGUCGCCACCGGCGUGCCGCCGUCGCGGGUCACCUGGCGGCGCGAGGACGCCAAGGAGAUCGUGCUGCGCCAGGAGGGCGGCCGCGACAAGCAGAGUGUGCUCUACUUCGAAGGCGAGACUCUGACGCUGACGGGCGUGCAGCGGAGCGACAUGGGGGUGUACCUGUGCAUAGCCUCCAACGGAAUCCCGCCGUCCGUCAGCAAGAGGUUCCCCGUCACGGUGCUCUUUGCGCCGCUGGUGAAGGUGUCCAAUCAGCUGGUGGCGGCGCCCGUAGGCAGUGACGUCACCAUCAACUGCUACGUGGAGGCGUCGCCGGGGGCGCUCUGCACCUGGCACAAGGACACAGGUGAGCACGGCAACACGCCACGGUCGUAG